AUGGCCGAUCUCAUAGAGUCAGACCCAAAAUCUGGGCUUCAGUCCUCGGAAGAGGACCAAGAAGUCCCCGUGGAGUCCCUGGUCAGCGGGCGGGCGAAGCGAAGCACCGCAGGACGGCACAUGUCUGCCCUCCUUGAGGCUGCCGCAGAUGACGACCUAGCGCUCCUCUUCGAGGAAGUCGAAGACGAUAAUGAAUUUGCAGAUCUGAUUGAUCCUGAUGCGGAAGACGACGUGGGCCUGGAAUCGUCGGAUGAUGAGGAGGACCAAGGUCCGAACGCGCAAAACGACUACGAAGGCGAGCAGCAACUACAAAAGGAGGAGCGCAAGAAGCGCAAAACACAAAACGACCUGAGGUUUCAAACCUUGCGCAAACGAGUCAAGAUCGAUCCGACCGCCCCGUCGUCCAUGCCCGCUGCCCCUCGCCUCAAGAAGAAAUCAGAGCGCAUUUCGUGGAUUCCUACUGUGGAGGACGGGCCUACUCGCCAGUCGUCGCGUCGGCAAACAAUGGUCAAUAAGGAGCUCACGCAUGCUCGGUUGAAGGAUAGCCAAGAGAAACGAGUCCGCAUCAUCGCGACCAUGAAGGAGGCUGAAAAGCGGAAAGCACACCUGAAGCCCAAGGAAAUGACGCAGGAAGAUCACCUUGCGGAAGCUGCUAGGAUUGAACGACUUAACAGCAAAAGUCUCAACCGCUGGGAGCUAUCAGAAAAAAGAAAGGCGGACGAGAGACGGGCCAGGAUCGAAGCACUCCAGAACCGUCGCCUCGAUGGACCCGUCAUAUCCUACUGGAGUGGCAUGGCUACUUUCACUAAUGGGCGUCUGACGCGAGUUGGCACUGUCGAUAUCAAGCCCAAGCCUGACAAAGAGGAGGCGCGGAAAAAGAAGAAGGAGAAGGAAGACAAAGAGAAGGCGGCGGCAGAGCUGCGUGCAUUGCAAGCCGCUGCUCCCAUCGCCGAGAACAGCGGAUUGCCCCUGGUCGCUGGUCCUCCUUCUACUACCACAACCGCACCACAGCUGUUGCCCGGUCCCAUUCCAGCUGGGGUUGCCGCUGGCCCAGGCUCGUCAGCUCCACCCAACCCUGAACUACCGGUAGAACAAAAGCAACUUGAGGGAACCACAGUAUCCGAGAAUGCUACAUCUCCGGCUCAAGAACCACCCCACAAUACUGCUGAUAUUCCUGCACAAAUUGAGGAGGUGAACUCCAACAAGCCAGAUUCGAGCCAUUCCGAACCCAAGCAACCUUCGGAAGCGCCGAACUCUGACCAAGACAAGAGCAACCAAGUAGAGCAGCCUUCAGUGCCAGCAACUGCACCGGAGCUUCUCUCGGGGCAAGAUAAGAACUCUGCAGAACAGGCACCCUUGGAAGAUGCACCUGUACCACAGCCACCAACAGUGACACCAAAGCGCCAAUCAUUUGCAGUGGAGAUUACUGUACCCCGCCAUCUAUCGCUAUCUAGCAGCAAGCCUGCACGCAAAUCACCUGAGCCAUCUUUAAUUAGGACUAACGAUGAUAUGGAUAUUGAUCCCCCCGCAUCGGCUACAGCGGUUACAGAAGGUCCGGGUGUCCAAGAGACUACGAGCAAGUCAGAAUCGGCCACACCAAAUCCUGCAGGGGCCCAAUCCCUGGCCGAACCACCCCAAGCCAAUACCGAAACGACUGUACCUCAGAAAUCGCUGGACGAGUCUCAGCCUAUUGAACCGGUCACGUCUAUCAGCCCUGUAGUAGCACUGGCCCCUCAUGCCGCGCCGGCCGCCGUGGUACCUACUCAAGCCACGGUGCCCGAAAGCGCCCUCCCUCCGAGCCUAAACCAACCAUCCACCUUACCGUCCGGGCCACAGCCGCUGAACGUGAAGAUCGAAGCGCCUGCACCGGAAGUACCACCACCUCCUCCGGUGGUCGAGACAAUGGGGCGCACCGUCACGAUUUUGGAAAAUUUCGAUUAUGCGACGGCGCAAAAGCCAAAGUACAGCAUGUACUUCAAUGCCAAAAAGCCACCCCGGCUGACGAAAAUCUCGUCAUCACUUUGCGUCAUUACCUCAUUGCCUUCGCGAUACCGCGACCCAGAGACCGGUCUGCCCUACGCCAACUCCUACGCCUAUGGGCAAAUCCGCCGUCUCAUCACCGAUGGAUACAUCUGGAGCGCGAUGCUUGGAUGUUUCGUGGGCCCGGCCGAGGCAGCCCGUGGAGUCCCUGAGCGAUUUUCAUUUGCCAGUAAGAUGGGCCCAGGCAGGUUUCUUCCAGACCGUGGCCUGGAUGAGCCGAUUCCAGAACUUCCCAAGGCACCCGCUGAGACUCCCUCUACCCCUACCCCGGCGACUAAACCGCCUCAAGCGCCUCAAUCAGGGCCGGAGCCAAUGAAGAUAGAUUAG